UUCAAUCUCUCUCCUCCAACAAGUGUGUGUGUGUGUGUGAGAGAGAGAGUAUCUUGUUGAAGCAGACUGCGUCAAGUCUUCCCCUUUUGCCAAUUCACAAAGUCUACGUUCCAAUCCCAAAUAAUAAUAAAUAAAAAACCCCACAAUUUUUUCAGUUUCUUGAUUUCUUCUUCCUUCUCUUUCAGAUUCCAAUCCAAAGAGUUGUUAUUGUUAUUUCCAGUUUUUCAUCCAUUUUCCCACUUCCGCGCCAUCAACUGAUUUUCCCUGAAAAGGGUUUCUUCUGAUUUCUUUUACCAUAUUGUUUCUUUGUUUUUUCUCCCUCCGAAGUUUCUUCCAAUUUUUUCUUAUUACAAAUAAUCAAAGGUGUGUGUUUGAGGGUGUUGCAGCUCGAUCACAAUGAGAACACACGCGUUACUGACACUUUUGUUGUUUUCUCGGGUUAUGUUUGAUGUUUCCGACGCUUUCUCUGUUCGGGAAUUCCGAAAGUUGAUUGCCUCUGAUCCAAAAGAUAAUCAACCAAAGGAUCCAAACCAUGCUGGUGAAACAAACAAGGCCACAGGGGGUUCACCUUCCACCAAUGUGAGUGGUCCUAUUUCAUCCCCAGUUCCACAACCACAACCUCUGCCCAAAGUGAUGAAGAAUACAAAUGAUGAUAAAGAAAAGGACAAUAAUUCAGCUCCUCCUGUGAGUGUACCUCCUCCACCAAAAAAUGAUGAUGGUGGUGACAAGGGUCUGGAUAAAGGGAAUGACAAAAUUGAGGGCAUGAAGUUUUCACAUAAUAGCACCACUGAGACUUGUGACGGGUUCAACAAGUGCACAGAUGAUGGGGGCAUGGUUGCUUGCAUUUCGAAAAUUGAUCCCAAAUACUUGGUUGUUCUUCUUCACAAUGGAGGAGAUGGCAUCAUCAUAGUGAAGCUUCGUACUGAUUUUGAUAAUAACCUGGGAGAUGUAGAAGUUCACAAAAGUAAAACAGAAAAGGUCAACAUCACACAAAGUAGCAGCAAAAGUACCCAACUGACUUUAAAUGCUGGAAAAGGGGAUUGUGUGCUUCACAUGGUUUCAAAUAUACCUGAUGAGAAUUUCAUUCUGCGUCUUCCUUCUUAUGACAAAAUUUUAACACCAGUAAAUGGUGCCUAUUUCCUCAUAUUGAUGGUCCUAGUCUUUGGAGGGACAUGGGCUUGCUGCGCAUGCAGGAAGAAACAUCAUGAUGAGGUUCCGUAUCAAGAGCUUGAAAUGGCACUGCCUGAGUCUGCAUUAGCUACCAAUGUAGAAUCUGCCGAAGGUUGGGAUCAGGAUUGGGAUGAUGAUUGGGACGACAAUGUGGCGGUGAAGUCACCGGCAGCGCAUGCGGGAAGCAUCUCGGGGAAUGGCCUUACUUCCAGAUCCUCAAACAAAGAUGGAUGGGAGAAUAACUGGGAUGAUUAGGGUUAUCAGGAGGCAGACGACAAGGGAAAUGAUAUAUUAACCACAAAGUGGAAAAGGAAAGAAAGGGAAAGCAUCAGAGUUGGGGAAGUUAAGAUCAAGGGAUGUGAGAAAUGUGGCUGUGCUAGGGCUUAACUUUGAUGCAUGUCCAUGCAAGGGACUGCAAAAAAGAAGAGAGGAAGUGUAAUAGUUUUAACAAAUUGGAUUCUUUUUUUUUUUUUUUUUUGUAUUGAAUGUGUAAUAGUGAAUGCCCUGGCCCAAACGGGAAACUAUAGAAACUGUAAAUGAAAUAUAGGAGGUAAAGUAUAUUUUGGCUUUAUCAAAUUUAUAUACACACUAUUCUAGUGAUCACAGAAAUGAAGACUUUUGUUAUUGUUUUUGACUUGUGA